AUGGCUUCAAGUGCAUCAAGGUUUAUCAAGUGUGUUACUGUGGGAGAUGGGGCUGUAGGCAAGACCUGUAUGCUUAUUUGUUACACAAGUAACAAGUUCCCUACUGAUUAUAUACCUACAGUGUUUGAUAACUUCAGUGCAAAUGUGGUAGUUGAAGGAACCACUGUAAACUUAGGCCUCUGGGACACAGCUGGGCAAGAGGACUACAAUAGAUUAAGGCCCUUGAGCUACAGAGGGGCAGAUGUCUUUGUCUUAGCUUUCUCGCUAGUUAGUCGGGCUAGCUAUGAAAAUGUACUUAAAAAGUGGAUUCCAGAGCUUCAGCAUUAUGCCCCUGGAGUUCCAGUAGUACUGGCUGGUACCAAAUUGGAUCUUCGUGAGGAUAAGCAUUAUUUGGCUGAUCACCCUGGAUUGGUGCCUGUGACCACUGCACAGGGAGAGGAACUGCGAAAACAGAUUGGUGCAGCAUAUUACAUCGAGUGUAGUUCAAAAACUCAGCAGGCUCUUUGCUAUUUGGCAUACAUCCUGACUAAUGUCAAAGCAGUUUUUGAUGCUGCAAUAAAAGUAGUUAUCAAGCCAGCACAGAAACAAAAAGAGAGGAAGAAAAAGCCACGCCGAGGAUGCCUGUUGUCAAAAUGUCUUCUGCGGGAGAAGGCUUGUGUGUCUCCAAUGAAGAAUGCCUCCCUUUCGUCUCCAAGGUGGUUAGCUUUUGGCAUAACUGUGUAUGGACACCAAUUUCGAAUGUCUGGGAAACAGUCACAGAAUGCACGCUUUCCAUUGGUUAAAAUAUCUACAAAGGGGAAAGUGAACUGCAGCCACCCAGUACAAAUUCAUGGAAAUAACAGCUCAACGACCCCAGACAGAUUCCUUUUAAGGUACAAUGGGUACAGCAACAGGGUGGGGGUCGGAGACUGA